CAGAGGACGGUUACAGCAGGUUGGAAGCGUUGGAUCAUGAUAGGAGACCACCAGCAGCUGCCCCCUGUCAUUAAGAUCAUGGCCUUCCAGAAGUACUCCAACAUGGAGCAGUCCCUGUUCACCCGCUUCGUACACCUGGGGGUACCCACCGUUGACCUGGAUGACCAGGGACGUGCCCGUGCCAGUCUGUGUAAUCUAUAUAACUGCCGCAAUAAGCAGCUGGAGAACCUGCCCCACGUACAGCUGCUGCCCCAGUUCCAGGCCCCUAACCCUGGCCUGACCUUCAACUUCCAGCUCCUUAACGUGGAGGACUUCAAUGGAGUGGGAGAGUCAGAGCCCAAGCCUUAUUUCUACCAGAAGCUGGGUGAGGCAGAGUAUGGCUCUGUUCAUGUUCAUGCUUCUGCUGGGUUACCCUGCCAACAGGAUCAGCAUCCUCACCACCUACAAUAGACAGACAGAAACACCUCAUCAGAGAUGUCAUCAACCAGCGCUGUGCUGGGAACCCCUUCAUUGGACAGCCCGACAAGGGAUGUGAGGCGGUUAGUGGUAGCCAGGUCCAGGCUGGGCCUUCAACCAGCUCACUGCUAGACCCGUGAAGCUCCACAUCAGACCCAACGAGAACCACACAAAGGGAGAGCCU